AUGGCUUCUACGACAUUCGGGACUUGUUCUUGGCUGCUGCUUUGGAACACCAUAUCCAGACCUCAAUUGAGAAGUUCCUGUUUGGGUUUUUUGCCUUGUGCCCCAAACCCUAGCAGACUCCCUAUCGUCAGAGCUGAGGCGAGCAGCAACGAUAAAGGUACCUUUGGGUUGGGCAAGUCCAAAUCUAAACCAUCCGACUCUGGCGAACAAAAAUGGGUGGCUAAAGGUCUGAUUACCGAAUCGCUUCCGAAUGGAAUGUUUUGGGUUCGUCUAGAAAAUGGUGAUAUGGUUCUAGGUUAUGUAUCGGGGAAAAUUCGUCGCAAUUCUAUACGAAUGUUGCCGGGGGAUAAAGUGAAAAUCGAAGUGAGCCGAUAUGAUUCGACUAGAGGGCGUAUAGUAUAUCGAAUUGGUGUUUUAAGGAAGUGGCUAAUCAUGGCAACUUGGAAUGAUAUUCAUCCUCUUCAGCUGCUGCCUGAGCUUGGUCUUUGUUGUUCCACCAUCAGUAUCACCAUUGUUGAUUCAUUUCACCCCGUGUACUUGGCCGGGUUAACGGGUCGGGUAUUCGUUGAUCUAGUGGAUAUGGGUAUGGAUUCGACUAUUCAAGACCCUGAGAGUUAUUGGAGCGAGUCGGGCGACUCCCCAAUAGCCAUAAGCUUAAGUGUCGUGAUGAUAUAUGGUCCAUUAGCAUGGCCUAGAGCUGGCGCGCUCCUGCCAGCCCUGUCUGGUGUUCCCUUGUCAGCCUUGUUGGGGAUCCCUUUUCCGGUCCUGUUGAGGACUCUCCUGUCGGCCCGGCCUGACGCUCCCUUGCCUGGCGACCCCUUAUCGGCCUCUCCUGGUGCGCGCCCGCUAUCCUUGCCUAGGGCGUGCCCACCAACCCCGGCCAGCACCUCCGCGCGGCCUUGCCCAGCUCCUUGCUAG